AUGGGGACGGGAAGCCAUGUACGAGACGCUAAACUUGGUGAAGCAAACGGCACGGAAGCAGACCACGAAGUCGUCCCAAGACUUGUCACCACCGGCGAUGGCAAAGCACUGAAGGCCGACGACACCGAAGGCAGCACAACAGGGGAAAGUGACGAAGUUGGCGAAGUUAAACCCGACAAUGACGAAACCAAACCCGCCGAUGCAAUUGAUGUAGAAGCCGACGAAAUAGCAUCGCUAUGGACUGGCGAAAGCGAUAAAUCCGUUCCAGAACAACAGGACAGACUAUUAUUAGUGAGCCGAGGCAUCCAAGAUAGAAGCCAAAACCCAAACGAAGCACAAGAAUCCCCAGAAAAAUCAAAAUAGAAAACCAAAAUCGAGUUCACAGUGUGAGAAGCAGUAUGCAAGUGAGCACAGCCCGUGAGCACAGCAAAUGGCAAACUCCCGCCCGCUGACAACAGACUGCUUCUGAUUGGUCAAUGAAAUUGAACCUUGCAUAAAUGCAUAAUUUACAUAUUAUAACGACCCACAUCACAACUCGUGCUAGAAGUUAACUAUUUUUAUUGCAUAAACACAUAAAGGAGUCUAGUCAGACUUGUUUGCUAAAUCUACCACAAAUUAACUCCGGUAUUUUUAACGUUAAAGUUCUCAAAGAGAACACAUGGUAUUAUAAUUUUAAUUUUAUAUUCUGUAAAAAUGUUGGUCUAUUUUAUAAGGCGGCAGUGUCGGUGAUUACCUCGCUUGAAAUUAAUUUUGGAAGAAAAAUGAGUGACAACUAUUUUUCAAAUCGGUUUAUGAGAUGUGAAUUUGUGCUCAGUUUGGUAUAUACAUGUAUGAUGAACAUAGGGGCUACAGGCUUUUCUCAGCAAUUAUUGCACUUACACUGGAAUUGUUUUUUCAAAAUCGUUACUAUGGAAAUAGCAUGGAUCUUUGUUGAAAAUAGUAUGGAAAUCCAAUUUUCAUACUAUAUGGAUAUAGUUAGACUUUCCAAAGUCCUUUCCAGAUCCUUCUACUCCCGACUUCGUUGCUCGUGUCGCGCGCUCCCUCCCCCAUGAUCGACUUGUGACAAGUCUAUAGGAUAACAGUAUCAUAAAUCUACGAUCUACAUCAUUUUCUGUUACAGUCCGCAAGAUUGCAGGAGAAAGAGUGAAGGUCAGGCAUCUGCUGUUGUAAGCUCUGUUUCACCUGCAUCCAGUGAUAUUUCACCUGUGGUUCUUCGAAGCGAGGUAGAGUGCUAGCGUCCCAGAUACAUGCAUGUAUUUAUUUUUUAUCAGUCAGAAUGAAGCAAUCUGAUUGGCUGAGGAGCCUUUCAGAGCGGGUCGGAUUUUUGCAUCCGCUGUGAAAAAUGCAUGAACAUAUACGUAACAAAUCGUAGGCCCAAGACAUAGAGUAUAGUUGUACCUGGCACAAGAAAGACUAAAACUGUUUAAAAUUCAUUAAAAAACUCAUUAAUGAUUCAAGAGGAAAAGGCAAAGGAAAUCACUACCGUGUCGGUGGUUUUAUAUGUGAUAAAAAUUCAUAUUCAUUUACAUAAACUUUAGCUUUGAUUUUCUCUGCUUAGACAACGUUUAUUUUUAAAAAUAAUUACUUCGCCAAUGAACUCAUCAGAUGGGUCGUUUUUUAAGACAUUUAAAACACUCGAGCUGCGCUCUCGUGUUUUAUAUCUGAUAAUUAAAAGCACUCCUGCUCAUGUUAUAAAUAGUACAUAAAAAAUUAUUAUAUUACCACGGUUUCCAAUAGAAGCUUGCACCCGACAAUUUUCGAUGUCUAACUAUCAUUUGAAUAUACCGUUGAAUAUCGUAUUAUUUUCUAAAACUAUAAACCAAAAUAUUUUCUCGUUACCAUAGAAAUGUCAGGAGAGAGGUAUCCGACCUAUAUAUAAUAUAAAUUUUGCUCCAAAAGUACUUUCCAAAAUGGCUGGAAAUGCCAUCUCACAGGGUCUAAAUUUUAAAAUCUUUACGGGGGAUGCUCUCGAAAUCCACUCCCUUGGUGAGCCGUACUUUCUACACCACAUAGCCGCCUGUAGUUCUUUCGAAACGCCCCCUACUGUGCUCAAAAUUCUAGUGGAAUCCCUGUAUUACGGUGAAAAUAUUCUAACAACUGCCUUUAUAAACAUACCUUAAAAUAUCAAUUGGCCAUGCACGGGCAUUGUCCGACCCAUUCGUGAAAUUGUCCGACGUAUUGAGAGGAAACCAUGCACUGGACAUUUUGUCCGACAUAAUGAGGUUUAUUGUUUGUCCGUCCCGAGUGAAUUGGUGUCCGACCUAACUGUUUUGCCAACGUAAAUAAAAAUGUACCCUAUAUCCCUAUAGUCCUGGACUAUAGAGGCUCGUAUGUUAAAUGGAGAACCAAAGUAAUGUAUAAAAAGUGAACUGGAAAUGUGUAAUCAAGUGCGGAGUUUUCACCGUGGGGUUCGAAAAUUAAUUGCCAAGAUUCAAAUGACUUUCCAAAUUGUGCUGAUAUUAAUUUGUGUUUGCAUUCAUUGUUAUUUCCAAGACCGCAACUGAACUCAACUAUAUAUAGUCAUCGGAACUCAAAGUCAUCGACCGCUAUUUUAAUACAAGAUUGCGUGACUCGUACUACAAUUUUGAGUUGUGAUUCCAGACUUGUACAGUCACACACAUGACGUAUAGUUGCUUUAAUACUGAAAAGGAAUGAAUAUUUUAUUGCCUAUUUGCAUCCACAUACUAGCUAUAACUACAGUAACUUCGCAACCAAAAUUUAUUUGAAAGCGACAAGAAAACUUCAAAACAAUUUUGAUACUCGUGCAGGCAACAAUAUUGUGAUAAAAUGAUUUUGAAAAACAAAUGCAAAAGACCGGCACAUCAACAAAUAUAAUAUCGGUCAAAGACUUUCCUUCCUUUUUAUGCAAUAUUUUAGAGACUAAACGUCAUGUGUGUGACCGCAAGUUUGUGAUCACUACUCGAGAUCGCACUUACUAGUGCAAUCCUCGCAAGCUUUUAUCCAUCGCAUAUCAGUGCUACAAAGACAGUUGUUAGAAUAUUUUCACAGUGAUAUAAUUCAUUUGUAUUGAUUGAAUUUUAAGCAAUCUUUUUGUGCCCAUUUGAACUAUCUCUUGGCCCUCCUAUAUGGACAAAUACGAUUUUCAAUUUAUGCAUGUAGUGUGCAAAUUAUAUGAAUAGACGCUUGGUGUCAGGAGUAUCCUUAUGACAUGUAAAAUCUUGCAGUAUGGUACAGUAUGCAUCUUAAAGUUUGUAGUAGUUGAAACAUUUUCAUCUCCUUUUUGCGCGUACUAAUUAUUUCGUUUUAUAUGUUUUUACCAGGGGUUUAACUAUGCCUGCUACGAAUCAUCCAUGAAACCACAGACACUUUUUGCAGCACAGGAGAAGUAUGUUCAAUAACGAACUUGCAUGCAUAAUGGUUUUAAUGUUUUAAGUCGAAUGUCUGCCGAGAGGGGUUGUGAUUUGACUACCACUACUGUUACCUCUCACAUGUUUAAUACGUUUUUGAUUGGUUAGAAUAAAUUCAUCUGAUUGGUUAAUGGUAAUAUAGUAGCGGUAGUCGCGCAAAGUUGUAAUGUUUCUAUAACGAUUUAGCACGAUCCUCGACUAAUUGGCGUUAUUGUUUUUGGCAACUGGAGCGUAAUUCGGAAAUUUCCUAUUUACUUGUACUUCGCUGAUCAUUAUCGAACAUUAAGGGGCGCGGCGCGGUGGCAACCCCCCCCCCCCCUUCCCCUCCCCAAUAAUUUCUGAAAACCUUUGAAUGAUAGCUGAAUAUAACACAGCAAAGAUAAUCUUUAUAAUGCAGAGAAACGUCGACGUUUCAAGCGAUGGCCCUUCGUGUGGAAGUGACUAGUCUUUUGUACUGUACAAGUACCUGCAGUAAUUAUUAGCUUCCUGUAGAAGAGUCUUGAGUUGUUUUUCACAUUGUUACAUCCAAAACAAAUACAACUAGAAUUCAUUAGUUACUAUAUAGUUUUAGUCUCAACCCACUAGGCUUGGGUGGUUUUCAAGAAAAAAACCGAAACCGAAAACCGACGCGAAAAGAACGAUCAACCGGUUUUUUGUUCGCCAUCUUGACGCUUGAAACCCCCCAAAAGACGAAAAACGGACUGCGGAAAAUAAUGACCGACCUAAAAGCGAUAAUUCUCAAUCUAGGUCGGCAAAUAUUUUCAAAUCAAAUAGACAAUAUCCAAAUGAAAAUUUGCUUGCUGUAAAUACGCGUAUUUAUAAACAGCAAUUAAUUGCAUUCAAUGCCAAUAGCAAAGAAAACAACUAGGGCCUAACAAAAUGUAUGAACUCCAAUCGAACAGUGCAUGUUGUGACCAAAUGUUGUGGCAAACCGUACACUACUUUAUUACCAUAUACUUUCUCUUAAACCUUGAAGCUCGAUGAUUUUAACACGAUGUUUACUUUUCAAAGUUUCAAGUAUCACCUUCCAACAAUGAAACUGCAAUGUUUGUAAAUUUGAUACUCGCAAAGCGUAUUUGACUACGCAAGCUAAAUUACUAAUGAUCAAAACCUAAUAAUUAAAACAUUGUUGAAAACGCGUAUGUGAAAGAUGCGUACGCGGAAAAAAAUGCCGAGACGUAUUUGAAAGUAGGUCGGCAAAAUUUUGCCGACCUAAAUCUACACAUAUCGCUUUGCAGGUCGGCAUUGCCGAAUGCCGACCUGAGUUUCAAGGACUGAUUUAUAAUACUAAGGUCUAUAUUUUACAGUUUUUCCUUGUUUCUCUAAAAUACUUUGUAACUACAUAAACGAAAAGAAAAGAAGAUUGGCUGCAGGCUUUCCGCAUUCCGAUCAAGCUUCGUCGCUUUCCAGUUGCACAUUGUGUGAACGAAUGGCGAUAUACGAUUCUUCGGUCGAUUUUCUGGUUCCAAUAUAGGUGAAACCGUGAAGCCGGUUUUGAAAAACCCGAUAAACCGCCCCAGCCUACAACCCACUGCACCUGUCUUGAACACCGCCGUUAAACAUCGGUUGUUGCUAGAGGAGAUGGACGAGACGAAGGUUUUCAAGAAGGCGGCUAUUUAUCAAGAUUGUUAGAACGCGAAAGAAUCAACAACCAGGCCCUUAUAACAAUCUAUAUACCCUAAACCAAACCCCAAUCCUAUACAACCCUAACGUUAACCCAUAGAUAUCUUAUAUACACUAGAUAGCGCAUCUCUUUUAGUAAAAUCGAAGCCAAGAAUAUUCCAGCGGUUACCCCCAUUUGAAUAGAUGGCGGCCAUGUUGGUCGUUCCCACUUGCAAAUAAACGCUUAAAAACAACAAUAACUUUCAUAACUUUGAAUAGUUUAAAAACGUAUUUGGAAUAGGGUUAAGUUAAUGUUUAAGUUCCCUGUUUAAGAUAUGGAAAACAUACGAAUCUUCUCAUUUUAUGGGAACGACCUGAGACUGCAAUCACGGCUUCAAUUUUUGAAUUUCAGAAUAAUUAGAUGCACUAUCUAGUGUAUAUAAGAUAUCUAUGCGUUAACCCUAAACUGAAGCGAACUCUGAGUUUAAAUUUUGGACUAUCUUGGAAAACCUCCCUCUUGUCCAUCCCUGUUGGCCAUUACCAUAGUAGUGUCGGUUUGCACUCGAAUGCUGGAAAUAGUAUUGUCUUGACGAAGAUCUAACAAAAAGUGUAUAAAGAAAAUUGCGUGAGUGUAAACUCGGUAUCACUUCGUCUUGACAAAAGGAAUCAAAGGCCGUUGAGGCCGACCCACAGAUAAGAUCAAAUGAAAGUGACAGAAAGAAUUAGAGCAGUUGCAGUUGUUCUUGCAAACCGGACACCGUGCGAAUUUUGCCAUUUCACCCAUUUGUCGUGCUUCUUUUGCCAAAUCAAAAGAACAAACGCGUGUUCCAGCCCGAUUCCCGGUUCUGAAAGGCCCGAUUGGCAGACAAACAGUGCGCGCAAAGCAGGCUGAUCAUUUCCCAUUGUUAGUAACUGCCCCACACUCACCACACACUCAAGUAACCACAAAGACUCACAGAUGUUGCAAGCAACAUCCGUGAGUAAAAAAGCGGUGAAAAUCCCUAUACUUUCAUAGCUUCAGCCGUUUCCUACAGUAAACGCUUUUCCCAUGUUAUUCCCAUUAUUUUGGCAGACAUUUCCCCCUCCAUUACCGUAUAAUCGCGUUUGACCGCUGGCUUUCCUUGAACCGAAUUGAAGUGGGAAUGUAAACUCAGUAUCACUUCCUUUUCGCAAUUAAGGUAUUGUUUCACACUUGAAGCUCCGCCAUCAAUCAUUCAAAGACGAGGAGAAGACUCUUUGACGUAUUUAAAUAAAGGUUUGACAUUUACCAUUGUACUUACCAGCGUUAUAUACACAGUGAUAUUGUACAUGUGCUUUUAGUAAUACCAUGGAUAAUGAAAUAAAUGGAUAGGAAACUAGCUGACGUGACCUAAUGUUUUCAAUGGGCUGAUGGCGUGAUUGGAUGUUGAAACCUAGUUGCAAACCAAAUUCUCAAAAACGGCAUGUUUAGCAAUAAUACAGCUAAACAUUUUAGUCAAAAAGCAAAUGAAUGCAUGUAACUACGCCAUUCUACGAUGAAAUCUCUAAGUAUUUCUAGUCAAUUUUAGCAAAUAUUUCAAGCACUAAACAGUGAAAAAGGCAUCCCAAAUUCGUUAAAAUUGGGGACGCCAAUUUCGUAGCUACAAAUGUAAAAAAAUACAAAACAAAGACGAAAAACAUUUACCUUGAAUACUUUGUCGUGGCUUAGGCAUGUUUUUAAAACAAUUAGACCAGUUUAUGCUUCAAUAUUACUCUUUUAAAGCGGAAAGUAUAGCGAAACAACAAGAAUGCCGAGAACUUUGCAAUACGCGUGACGUCACAGAUUGCAACUAGGUUGUUUUUGCUUACGUCAGCUAGAGUCCUAUCCAUUUAUUUUAUUAUCCAUGGUAAUACCCUAUAUAAGGUAUAUAGGCACGCCUUGGCACACCCCUUAGCUUAUCACGAAUUACGAUUUAUCACAUGCCUCGAUUAUAUAAGCUGCAAUGCAAAAUAUAUUUAAUAUAAAAACUCUACACCAUAUAUAUUAUAAUUAUAUACAUUUUAAAGCACAAGUGACUUUCUAAACGUCCAACACAAUUGUAGUGCAUAAUUCGCAAUAAAAAAUUAUCGCGCACGUAUAACAAGCCCAAGGAGUGCGAUUUAUUGCACCCAUGCCCUUCCCUUUCUGGAUGUAGAUGGUCAUCCAUCGCGGCCGAUGCAAAUGAGUUCAUGCCCCAAUGAAAUCCAAGCAAAUUUGUUUAUGUUAUUAGCCUAUCACACAUAGUAUUUCUAUAGGAAGUAACACGGUUCGAAUUUCGAAAUGUACAGUAUAUUAAUGAAAAACCACACCCGUGUUUCCCAAAAUAUUUGUAUAAAACUGAAGAACGAACUGCGGAUUUUUGAUUAAUUCAUGUAUUUCGAGAACAAGUAAGCAAAGCUAUAGUAUGUAAAGUCAAAGAUAGCGUAUAAAAGUGUGCGCGCACAUACCUUUCUCGCUCCAUGGCCUGUUUGCGAGCAAAUAUGAGUUUAUACAACAAAGCUCUUUUGAAUAGCACAUGUUGUACAUUUGUACGUUGUACAUGUUGUACAUUUGUACACCUCUGUUAUAUAUAAUUAAUAUCAUCUUUGAUGUCUUGAUCCAAUCAGAAACAAGAACACACUGUUUAAAAUAAUUUUUUCCACGACAGCUUGACGAGCAUAAUUUUAAACUUAAGCUUCAUUAAAAAAGAAAGCACUAUAUAUACAGCAAAUGAUUCUUAGUGUUUGACUUUUGUUUAUUUUAAAGAGUAAGUGUGCAUGUGACUUUCUUAAUUAAUACUGUUCUCGACAUUCUUAUCAAUUGCUUUUGUAAGUUGGCUUUUAGUCUUCAGGAAAUUGUUAUACGAACCUAUCGGGUUACAAUGUAGCACAGUCUGUUUGUAAUAUAUAUCAUUUGUAAAUUCUGAACGCUGAUUGGCUAAGAGCCGUGUUGAUAUAACUCCAUGUCACACAGAAAAUUUAUUUCUUUAUAUUUCUUUGUGCUAUAAAACAAAUAUAAAACUUUUUUCUGUGUUGGUGUUGUGUACUCAGGUGAAUAUGAUAUUUGUGAUGUUACUCUGAGUGUAUAUCCACACCGGUUCGUAGGUUCGAAUCCCACCGUGGCCGGGCAUAUUUUUCAAGCUCGCCCGGUGUGGAUAUACACUCAGAGUAACAUCACAAAUAUCAAAUAUAAAACAUUUUUUCCGUAUUUAAAUUUUAAUUUAAUGUAGUACUAAUUUUUAUUUAAUGCUUGGCCAAGAAUGCACUUAAAUGCUGUGCAAUUCAGUACAAUGAUUACGUAUACGUUAAAGCCAAUUACAGCGGGUCCAAGUACAGUAUAAUACAUAUAAAGUUUGGUAAUUAAGUAUUUUAAUGACUAUUUACUUUUCUCUCCAGGCCAGUUUUAUUCAAUCCAUUUUGAAGCAAAUCCGUCCGAGUCGGCUGAUGCUGAAAAUACCCAAGUCAAGGUACAGAUAUGGUUUAUUAUGUAGCUAAUAGCCCCCACCCCACCCCCAAUAGUAAAAUUUUACCAAAUAGGUAUGCUCACAAUUUUUAGACGCAUAAGUGAUAUCAUAUAGGGAGGAGCCGGUAUAGUCGCGGUUUUUUAUUGGUAGAAGUCGAUGGAGGUUGAACGCGGUUUGAACCUGUACACAAAUCUGUUUAAAAACUAGUUAGAAAUGACUCAAUAAUGAAACAGAAACAUCUUUUGAAACUUGGUUAUAAAAAUAUCAUAAUUCGUUGUGCUUAAACCGUCUGCACCAGUAGCCAAAACAAGUGCCCAUGCAUGCUACGCAUCAACCAGUUAAGAAGAUGUGUGUAAAACAAUAGAAUUAUUAACCGUGACCACAAGGUACACAAUGACUUAGCCGGAACAAAGAAAUUUUAGAACUUACCUAUGUACGUUCUACGUACUCACCCUUCGACUUCGGUUGAUAACACAAACUUCGGGCUUGAUAAUUCUUCAUAUCAUGCUCAACAUUCAGUAAUUGUCAGUAACUUAAAUUACACGUCCGACCAUGUCCGACGCCGAUUCCCCAUACAUGACCGCUAUUCGUCUGACAAUAAUAUGCGCAUGCGUGCAUACAAUAUCAGGUUCUUAAAGUAAAAGUAAAAAUACCUUGCCCGGACCCAAUCCUGACCAGGGCCCAUCCUAACUUUCGAUCAGGCAGUUACUCACACCUGUUCGCUGGUAACUUACGGAUGUCCGUGAAUUCAGAGGAUUUGAUUCUACGUGCGAGCGAUUACAAGGCGGACGCCUAAAACUCUCAAAUACAGAGAACUUGCUUGAAAUCUACUGACAUUUACGUGGUAUCUUUUUAGCGUGUUUAAUAAUAAUAAUAGUAAUAAUAAAAGUUAUAACAAUGAUGUAAUAUUAAUAAUAUUAACCCGGUGUCGGACCUGUAAACGCGCAAAUUCUCGUACCCGCACAUCUAACUAGAUUGAUAUUUUCUUGUCUAGUCAAUCUUACACUUGGUUUUCCGUGAUGAGAAAGAUCCAAAUGUUGAGAUUCAACAUUGGCGAUACUGGCAUGCUCAGCAGGCAAAUCCUCAACAGAGAGCAUUUGAUAUUGGUAACUGAUACAUUACAGUCGAUUUCAGCUUACUUUUCACUUAAAUGUUCCGAACUUUGUUCCGAACUUUGCAAUUUCGUUGCCAAGUUCAAACGUUCAUAAUGAAAUUUACAAACAGGUUUGUAAACAAAGCCUCUGAUAGGCUAUUAAAUCAAACCAGCCAAUCAAAUGCCCAGCUUACAAACCCGUUUGUGAAUUUCAUUAUGAACUUUUGAACUUGGCAACGAAUUUGCGAAGUUCGGAACGAAGUUCGGAACAUUUGAGUGAAAAGUAAGUUGAAAUCGACUGUAAAGUACUGUAUGUGAACAUGCAUUGACUCUUCUCGGUUACCUUUCGCAUGUAGCGGAAGAGACAGGAAGUGGUGAAGACAUAAGCCUGGCUACGAGGUUAAAACGCGAUAUUCUUGUUUAGAUCGUAAGUCAUGUGCAAGUAUUGAAGAUCACGUGGAUGAGAUUGCUUACAAUGCAGCUGCGUUUUACUGGGAUUCGAAACUCAAUGCCAAGGUAUGGGUCUUGAGUUUUUGAGUUUUAGGGAAACUGUCGAACUGAAAACUGCAAAACAUGACUAAACAGUCUAUAUUGUUGAUGAAUAUUAUAUUGUUAUGAAGCAUUCAAUACAGAGAUUAUAAAAGCGAAAACCAAACUAAAUUUCAUUGUGAUAACACUAGAAAACUCAAAGUUUUCCACGAGAGCAUGCCCCAGACGAGCGUAUGACCUCACGCCACAGUCCGUUGCCCUGGAUGAUCCCUAGGUUCAAUAUUCAGCUUCUAAGACCGAAACGUAAGACUUAACUACGGUCACAGAUGAUCGGAAGAAAUCUGAACCGUACCCAAACUCUUCCGCUUCCACGUGGAAAUGCGUACUGUUAACCAAGCUCGAAACAUGCUUGUAGAUUUAAUUUAUGUGAAGGUUUCCAAGGAUUUUUUGGAGUUGUUAGCCUGUAGAUCCAGGUUCAUGCAGUAGGUCCACUGCCUACACAUGAUUCUUCGAGUUUGAAUUUGUAGGUAGUAUUGCUCCAUGGCUCCAUAUAACUUCUGCAGCCAUGCAUGGCUCGAAAGUUUUCGGUUUCAUUUUCACUUCAACUCAAAUGGCGAAAGCGUAUAAAUUUGUGUAAAAGUAAAAUAAGACCCCCUUGGGUCUAAAAAAUUGUGGUCUGGUUUGGUUUCCCGACCGUCCCUCUUUUUCCUGAUGACUCUCAUGUAGUUUUUUUAAUGGUGGCUGUGGCUGGAUUGUUUGCCUAUACCUACAUAUCGCGACCCUUGUUUUUUUUUGCUUAAGGCCGUUUUCCACUAGGCGAAUUUUUUCGCGCGAACAGAUAAAAAGUAGGAAGCGAUCCUACUUUUUCGCCGCGAAUUUUUUCGCCGACCAAUCACGUUGCCGGAUUUCGGUUUUCGCUUCGCGUCGCGCGAAAAAAUUCGCCUAGUGGAAAACGGCCUUUACUGUAUGAUACAACGUAGCGCCAAAAUGGCGUCCGUUUUCCAUAGAAAUUACUUCUUGAAAUUAGAGCUGUGCGGUUAACCGAAAAAUUCGGUUCUUCCGGUACUUUUUUUAGCACCGAAAAUUAUGCGCAAAAGAACCGGUAGUUUCGGUUUUAAUUUCCCGUUUAACGCCCGCCAAACGCCCACCUGAUUGCAGGUUGAAAUGUUUGGAAAAUAACAAGAUUGGGCUCUUUGUGCACAAUAUGCACUCUACUAAGUGCUCAAAUAGUUGAUAUUUUAGUUGUGAUAGUUAUUGUUGUGCACUUGCUUAUUAAAAAGAAAUUUUUCAUGUUCCUAAAUAAAUUCCAAUUGUUCUUUUAAAAUAUUCAGAGAUUUAUACAAACUUACAAAGGCAUAUAAAUUCAUCUAUUUAGUAAAAAUGCUCGAAACAUACAUAAAUUAUAUUUGUGAUGUUACUCUGAGUGUAUAUACACUCAGAGUAACAUCACAAAUAUCAUAUUCUCCUGAGUACACAACACCAACACAGAAAAUAUCAUAUUACUAGAUUACAUUGAUAUCGAAGGAACUAGAUUCUGUUCCGAAAUAUCACAUACUCGAACCGUCCUGACCGCGUAGCUCAGUUGGAAGAGGUCGUAGGUUCGAAUCCCACCGUGGCCGGGCAUAUUUUUCAAGCUCGCCCGGUGUGGAUAUACACUCAGAGUAACAUCACAAAUAUCAUAUUCACCUGAGUACACAACACCAACACAGAAAACAUCAUACAUAAAUGAGUUCAUACAUUUGUACUGUUCUUCUUUUUUGAAAAUAACCGAAACCGAACCGAACCGAGGUUUUUCUGUUCCAAAAAAACCGGAACCGAUACCGAGAUAAAAUUUUUGGAACCGCACAGCUCUACUUGAAAUGUUUAUGUUUUGCGGCAAUGCAAAUUGAUCACAUUCGUGACAAAUGCUGACCAAUGUCAAGUAAAAAAACCCAUAUAUUUUCCAACCUACCUUCCCUCUUUUUUCAGGAUAUGAAACCGGAAGCAGAUUAUAUUUUUUGUUCCACUUUGUGUGUUCUUCCCAUAUAGACCCAAUUUUGCUUACGUAUACAGUAGGCUUAUUUUGGUUCAUUUCAAUUAUAGAUUGUUUUGCGUAUGAACUGUCUGAGCACUGAUUUUUCCUCGCAAAAAGGAGUAAAGGUACGUGUAUUGUACAGUGCCGGAUAUUUUCAGAUCGCAGAACUGAAAUAUGUGCAUUGCAUAUAGUACAAAAUGAGGUCCCUGUUCAUAUGGAAAGCAUUCAAAACAACGCAAAGCAAUAGCAUUACUAAUAAUAUACAUGUAAUAUAUAUCGAUUCUGAUUGGCUAAGAGGAGUACAAUUUUAUCGAAAUAUACAGUGCCAAAAAAGAAAUACGUGACAAGCGCCGAAGCAAAAGACAUUUGUAUUUACAGUAAGUUUUGACUUUUGACAGUUAAAAACUUGUAGUACGUUGUUCUGCUAUUCCGGAUAAUGUUUUCAUGUACAUUAUUAGUAGUAAUACAGUAGUAUAGUUUCUCGACCAAUUUAGAAAAACAAACACUCGGUUUUCGUUCAUAUUGCACUCGUCCUUCAAACUCGUGCAGUUUUGAUCGUCUUUGAAAAACUCAUUCGUGCAUGUAUUUUCCAACUUGCACUCGAAACCAUACUAUCAAUGCAAGUUCGCGCGAUGGAGAUUUCGUUUCUAGUUUCCCACUCCAACUCUCCAAGCACGCAACCAGCUACGAUUGCCUUUUUCUAGUUGUGCAGAAAAAUGUAUGUGUGUUAUCUCAUUGAUGUAUUUGUGUUGAUCCAGGGCAUUCCGUUGCAUCUUCAAAUUGAUACUUACGAAGACAUAGGUGUAGCGGAUGCAGAGCCUAUCCACAGGGCGUUCUGUCAGAUCAAGAUAUUCCGAGAUAAAGUGAGUUUGCUUACAAUAGUUUUGACUGCAGAAACAAAACGAUAGUUACUUGGAAGUUGCGCACUUGCAUAUGUGGUAUUGGCGCAUUAUGUCACUUUAUUUAUACCCAGAAAUGUAAGGAAUUACUAAGGUUCGAUUGACGGGAUUCGUUUUCAAAUGCACAAACGGUUACAUUGUUGCAGAUUGCAAAGACUUAUUUGUACAGAGAAAUUCAAGACGCGGAAGUAGAAGAAAUGGAAAUCACCUGCAUGCCUCAAAAAUUGCGGGAAUACAGCCCGUCUGUAUAACCAUACACAGCUAUAGCCGUCGUGCUAAACUAUACGCAUCUGCAGAGGAUAGUAGUAUUGGCCUCUCUCGCCACAGUAAUUGGCAAUUAUUUUUAAUGUUUAAAGCCCCGGUGCAUGAAACGAGGAUGCGAGUUCAAGAGAGCUGAAAUCUUUCUCUCCCGUUUGAUAGCCAACUCUCAUCCCCUCUCGUGAACUUUGAUUUUGUUCAAAUUUUAAUGAGAAUUUUUGAUACCCGCGGUAACAUCCAGUCAAGUCACAAGCAACUCUUGUCGUUUGAGCGGGCCAUGAGAGUAAUUGUGAAACUGUCAUGCAAAUUCUCGCUUGCCAACUCUCGUUGACUCUCAAUAAAGUUUAAAGAACUAUAAGAUUUCAAGCUACAAAUGAUGUUCAUAUGUCGACAACCUAGUUCGCCAUCAACGUGCUGUUAUUUAUUUUUAGGGUGCAGAGAGAAAGAACAAGGAUGAAUCAAGAAGUGCUGAAAAACGAAUGCAGAAAUUAAUGAAGCAAAGCAGCUCGUUCUCAGGUAGUGUGUUUGUGACUGGUAAAACGAACACGAACGUCAUACAUGACGCGGAUGAUGUUUGGUUGAGGAAGGGCUAGACAAACUCUAUAGGUCCUCGGAAAUUGUCAGUUUCAGAAAUCGCAUUUCCUGCGUUCUGAACAAGAUUGUUAUUCAUCUUGUUCGUUUUGCAUUUCCAACAGCACAAUAUCUCACAUCUUUAUAUUACGUUCUCCAACUUCUAUUUCAGGAGACUAUAUACCCCUCCCCGCUAAGCUCCCCUCCCCCUUGAUGCGCGUACAAUCUCUUUUGUUCUGGUGUCGCAACCAAAAUAGUGUCAGUGCAUGUUAAUGUUUUGGGAUUCUGGCCCUCUGGCAGGAAUCGAACCUGCGGUCCUGUGAUACCGGUGCAGCGGUCUAACCUACUGGACCGACGGUGAAAAUCACGUUACUAAAUCAGCUAAGGAGUAUAUGUCCUUACUUAGACCUUUUUGUCUUAGCGAAAGUAUUUUAAAGUAGACUUUAUUUGUACUACUAUUCAUCGUCAAUUCCGACACGAAUUUUUUAUUUGAACUUUCAAUUGUAUUUUUUGUAGAUUCUCCGCCGACCACAAUAUCUUCAUCUGUGUUUCAAACUCCUGCCAAAUUCACAAAGUUAACACCAACAACACCACUGGGACCUAAACCAAUAUUGUUUAGCCCUAAUGAGGUAGGAUACUUUCUAGAUGGUAUAUGGGUAAAUAUCGAGAUUCGUGCAUCUCUUUUGAUAGAACUACAGUAAUGGUCGAUGGGUUUUGUAUAGAUGGAAUUUUCGAACGAAGGUUUCUAUACACUAUUAGCCCUAACCAGGAGCGCGAGCUUGACGAAACCCCUUAUCAUACUCAAAUCCGCACUUGAAGAAAUUUCAGCUCAAACCCGCAGCUAUACGAGUCGACUUGUAGCAAGUCUACUACAGCCACGUUUACACUAUACGCUCAUAUUUUGACGGCACGGAUAAAAGUGGUACCCUACCAAAUGUAUCCGUGCUUGGCCUUUCUAAAUAGAUAGUCAGAACACGGAUAAAAAAUGAUGGUACGGGUACCAAAAUUGAGCGUAGUGUAAACGGGCCUUACACUUACGUACUAGUCUGUGCCUCCGGCACGUACAGUGAGUACACAAAUAAUCGUACCCUGAGUUUAUUUUGAAGCCAAUCGCGGCUUGAAAUGAAGGCUCAACCUUUACCCCACACGAUGAGUCUUGUGAAAAUUAUGCAUGACAAUCAGAUUAUGGAUGGCUUGAAAUUGUUGAUUACAGUAUUUCCUUUUGGAAAGCCUAUAUUAUAAUGACGUAAUUUGUGCAAUGGAUGCUGGGAUAAUUGAGAUCAAAUCAAAGAGAAUUAUAUUCGCGCGGGAAAUACUAGGAUAUUUCCGAUUUGUUGACCUGCAUCUAAGGACGAAACGAACGAACAGGCUAUUUAUUUUCAUUAACGGGACAAAACAAAAUUUGUCACAAAAUUUGAGGUGGAUUCAUUAGUAUUUAUAUAUUUUGAGGUAUUUAUGUCAUUUGAGAAGGAGGUAGUAAGGCAGAGGAAUACAUGUGCGUGACAGGUUUUCACUGGAAUGCUCGGUUUCUAACUUGCUAUAUACUCAUAGCUAUAUACUCACAAAUGAGUAUCUGGGAAAAAGCGCUCGAGCAUACACAUGAGUCAUGAGCACAUGCUCAACAGCUUAAAUUCACCAUAAACAGAUAUGGGGAAGAUAUUAAAUUACUUUUUUAAAAAUGUGCACAGCUAGUGAUAUUUAUUUUUAUUUCCUGUAAUCUGGUUGGCUGCGAUAUCUUGACUGUGGUACAACGAGCCACUUUACAUCAAUAGAGAGGUUAAGAUACCCCGGUUUACGGGUACGGGUAAUAUACACGUACCCGUAAAUCGGGGAAUAACGUGUAACUUAAGAAAUGCAAGAUACUCCGGCAUAAAUGUAAGAAAACCGAUCAGAAAAUGGUAACUUUCGCUUUUGAGGUUCGCCAUAAAUUGUUGAAAACAUUGACGAGCAUAUGUGCAUUAUUUUUUUGGGUAAGAUGUUGAAAUUUUUUACUAUUUAAACGACCCACAAAUAGUAAACAGAAAACACCCGUACCCGUUUGUCUUUUACGUGUAGACCAUGGUUUACCGCGGGGAAACGGGUAGAAAUUACGGGUAAAAAUGCUGACGUCAGCAAAAGUUGGUAAACAAAAUGGCGAUACUAGUACCCGUAAACUGGAACCGGGGUAUCUUAACCUCUCUAUAAAUAUCAAUUCUAAUCACCCACCUUUCAUAAUCAAACAUAUUCCUGUAUCUCCUUAUGAAUCAAUCAUCUUUUGUUUCUGCCGCACCUCUCUACCAGGAUGCACUCUGACACAAUAACUAUGAUGUCACGUUGCAGUAUUGUUUCGACUGGUAAUUCCAUCAGUUAAUCAUCUUUACAAAUAAUAGAAGACGCCGUAGGUAGAAACAUCAUAUGGUUUAAUUUUCCCUUCAGCAAGAUAGUAAGAACAAUUGUUACUGGACAAUUCCUUCACUUAUCAACAAGCAUUUUCCAACCAAAAAUCCACUCCAGCAAGAUCUUUAAUCGGAACACUGUCAAAGUUAGUUACUCGUGCAUGGACAGUGUAGCUAAAAAGUAUAACAUAUCGCGUCACAUCCACCACCUUCUAACAAAAACCCCUAUAUACAUGCAGUAUACCGAAGCCCAGCUAAUGCAUGCAUGCUACUGCAUGCAGGAAAACUAGUCAAUGCCCACUGGAUGAGAAUUAUUAGCAACGCAGUUUAUAAAGCAGACAUAAGAACCCCUCAUGAUGAAAAGAUAUCUUGCUCCAAAUAAUAUGACGUAGAAGGACAGUGCACAUCUAUUUACCAACUGAACUAUUUACCCAUAUAUUUGGUAUAUCAAGCAUGCAUUCCAUAACUACGUAAAAACUACGUACUUAAUUAGGGUCUUAAAUUGAACGAGAAUUGUCCAAGUCCUUUGAAGUUUACUCCAGCUCGUCGUGGCUUUCGGAAGGUUGUUGCAGGAUGUUGUGUUGUAUGUUUAUUAAUAUAUUUUGGCACAAUAAUAUGAAAGAAACGUAUCUUGCAUAUUUAUUGAUAUAUAUUCUGUUGCACAACAACAGAGGUCAAUCAAUGUUAUAUAUAUUUAUUAUGAUAAAGUCUGUCAGAACGAUUAAUAUCACUCUUUGGGAUAUUUGAACUGUGCGCGUUGACCAAGUUUCAUAUCUCUAUAUAUCGACUAUACGAUUUGUAUACCGUGUUUCAAAACAUAGUGCAGCAUUAACUAAUUUCUAAUAUACAGGAUGUCCCAAAAAGGUGAAUAUAGCUGUGUUCCAUAUUUUUACGCAGCAAAUUAUUAGUGGGCAUCAAACAUGCAAUCUAUAAGAGAUGAAUUUUCACACUUAGAUUAUUAAAAUUGGUGUAGCAUAAACAUUGGUGUAACUAUAAAUUGUAAUGUUAUGGCUUUUUUAUGAUCUGUAUAAGAUUCGAUGGGUCCCUUACUUUAAACAACCAUUAUACAUUGGCGCCUGAAACAAAGGAAUGGAAUGUGCAGCUCAGUUCAGCAGACGUUCGUUAGCGAGGGUUGGAGCAAUAAGAACGUCUGCGGAGGAGACCAACUACAUGUAUACUCGAAUAUUUUGCCGUGUCUCAUGGAUUGUCUCUUGGGGGCGAAAUGAGUGAUUUACUGUAUUUUUUCCUCAUGUGCAGCUUGUAUUUUUAGUGCAAAGCCAAUAUAAUUGAUUGGUUAUGGGAUUUAGCAAACAUCCUUAUGCAUGAGUGUCAGUGGAGAAAAUGUAUAGCAUCAACAAUUUAUUUGAUCAAGCUAAAACAUUUAUUACCACUAUACAUGCACAUUAUUUUCCAAAUCUAUUAAAUGUUCAAUUGGUAAACAAAAAAAAUAACAAUACAAUUUGAUGCGAGUUACAUUCCUGUAGGUGUUUUAUUGACGGCAACCAUAAUAUUCGACUCUAAUUGCAGGAUAAUUGCUCCAAGAUUGUGGCCAUACGCGCAUGUAUCGUGCUUGAAUAGGACUUCGAAAUGAUUGGGUAACAAUCGAUGUUCUGUCUCUGUUAGCUUGGAAAGUCUAAAUUUAAAAAUAAGAAUAUUAUUCGGCGUAGGAAAGUGAUCUACGCCCUAAUACGUAGUAAUUAUGAGGAACUGAGAAUCUAUUGACCUUUAAGAUAUAUCUAGAAACACCGUGAUGCAGCAUGUCAUGACCCUUUCUCAUAAUACAGCCAAUUGAGAUGUUGACUUUCAUGGGUUGCAAGAUUAUUGAUUGUUCUAGUAGUAAAGAUUUUGAUCAACCUGCUUAAUCAUGACCCGCAUGGGAAAUCAUUCCACCUGCAGCUAUUAAACAGAUUAUCAUGACGUCAGAAUAACGCGUAUACGCAUAUAGACUAUAGUUGGAAGGCACGUCAUCUUGAACUAGGGCCGUUCUUGCAUUACAAAAGGCACUGUUCCCAUAUUGUUAGACUUAGAAAAUGGGCACUGUGAAGAAAACUUGGGAGCGCAAGUGCCCCCCCCCUCCCCCACUCCACGACAUAAUAAACAUCAUAGCAAAACAAAAUGCAUUUUAACCCAAUUCGAAAAAUGUUCUGACCAAUACCGUCAAUAAAAGGCCAAUAACAAUGUUGUGACGCUGUCUUGGGAAACGCUUACUGCAAUAAUUUUCCGUUCUUUCAAAACACAGGACGUUUAGUUUAUCCGCUGACUCACCAUUUUCUUUCCCGACUCUUGAUAAUAUGUCCAUUUCUUUCCAUCAGUGCUGAAUGAAACCACAUACGACAUCGCCCAUUCGUUAGCCACACAGCUUCCCUGGGUUGCUAUUCCUGUCACAAUGGUUAGUUGUCCUAAGUCAACUUGAAACCAUGAGUUUCUUGUCCCUUUGAACGUUGAUGUCCAAGCACAGUGGCCAUUGUUCGUGUUCAAUCUUCCGUACCAGGGUUUGUAAUUCCCACCAUAAUAAGACGACGCGGUGAAUGCAUUAUCCGGUAUUUUGCCACUCUGCAUUCCUAACGCUUUCGGGCCUCGACAUUGUUUCAAUGUGGCUGAAAAAUCAAAAUAAAUGACAAAAAUUAUUCGAAUUUCCCCCGUUUCUAUUUAUAGAUUUCAAAUUUUAGAUAAACGAAACAAUUUUUCUUGAAGAGGAUUUGCUAAGAUCGUAAUGAGCAACUUUCCCACCACAGGGCCGUAGAUACGGGAGGGGGGCUGAGUUUUCACUUAUCUUUCUUUUAACCAACCUUGAAAUUCCCUGAAGUUGCAAUAGUAAGUGAAUUCACACAAUCCCCCACGACUUAAACGUUUUGUUGGCGUUGUCAUGAGCCGUGAAAACGAUGUAAAUAACAUAGCAGUUUGAACAACUACGGCGUAUUAGGAAUGCUUAAGGGAUGCAAAUUAUAGUAACCUUUGUCUUAGAGUAAUGAUGAUAUUGUUGAUGAGCUCGUUGCCGUUGUACUGUAUUUGCCAAACUCUCUAUUUUCACAAAAGAGACAUCGUUCUAUGGUUAGAAAUGUGUUAUUUUCCUCAGUAAGGUAUACCUACAGCAGUAAGGGAUAAUUAGUUUUGCGUUGAAUUAUUUGUGCAACACAAAUUAAGCUGAAUUACUUCCAUAUACCUUCUAUUUUACCUGUCGUUCUGUUCCAGCACAAUGUUUUAUAUGCCGAAACAUGUUUUUCAACCUCAUUUGCAAUAUCCUUGCAACAGUUUGCAGGAAGAGUAUUUCCAGGAGCACAUAGAGUCUUGUUUGCUUCAAUCUUCUUCACCACUUGUGAUUUUAUCAAAUCACAGCAGAUUACCUCGGUAAGUUUAGCCGUCGAAACAAAAAGAACAAAACUCAGUAAGAUAAUGUUUGCCAUUCUUCUGCAGUAAUUGUGACACGAACCACGUGAAAGUUGACGAAUUCUGGAACAAAGGUGGUUUGCGUAUACUCGCUUAAAACAUAACUACUUGUACUGCUGAAGCUAUAUAAGUCACGUGACACAUGAAAGAAUUUAAACCAAUAAGGUUUUAACAAAUCUCAAUGUACACAUUUUUAUCCCUCCCUCUUAUCGUGAUCGUCAGAGUAAGCGCCUUAAUGUUGCUGAAACGGAAGAUUUAGCAUCAUAGUCAUGCAGUCAUAUACAGACAUUAAUAUGUAAAUCUCAAGUACAUACGAAAACGAUGUCCAAGACUGCAUUAAACAGCCAAACAGGCCACAUUUGUUUAGAGUGUACUUAUUUAGAAGACUAACAAUUGUUAUAAUAUAUUAAGUCUGUCAGAACGCCUUAUAAUACCGCUGUAUUGGAUAUUUGAUUCAUCUCCUAGAUUGAAUUUUUUGAGGCCUACUUAUAAUUAGUUAUGUAAAAAUCAGGAACGCACCUAUAUUGAAUUUUUUGGGACACCCUGACCCUGUGUACUAGAAAUACAUUAAUUUAUCAUCAUUAAUCACAUAUAUAUAUAUAUAUAUAUAUAUAUAUAUAUAUAAUAAUAAUAAUAAUAAUAAUAAUAAUAAUAAUAAUAAUAAUGAAAACUUUAUUAAUAGAACAUUUAUAGAUAUAUACAAUUGUAAAUCUCACUUCUUGAGGUAACCUACAAUUGACUACUUGAAUCACUUAUACGGGGUUAUAGUUUUAUAUACAAAAAUUGUUAAUUAUUUAUAGAAAUAGUUACUUUAAAUGUUCAUUAGUUCGGGAUUUGUCCAUUCUUUAUUUCUACAGCAAAAUAUGUAGUACGUUGAUCGGAUGGCAAUAGAUAUCAUUUUUCUGAUACAAUAUUGUUGGUGUUGAUUAUCCAGUCCUAACUCAUUUAGCAUUUUUACGAAUGUAUGGCAUUCUUUGUCAAACACCCCUAGCGAACUGACUGAUAAUAAUAAUAAUAAUAAUAAUAAUAAUAAUAAUAAUAAUAAUAAUAAUAAUAAUAACAACUAAAGUUCUGUUGACUAAAUUUAACGGUUAAAGCUUCAAGAAACAACGAAACGUAAACUCAUGAAACUAUUUUUUGUAAAAUCACUUUUAUCCGAAUAUCAUUUUCAUUGUUAAUCUUUUCACAUCCAUAAUCCACGUGUCUCAUUUAUUGGUUUGCAUUUUAGUGUUUCCAUAUCAACGAAACAGCUUUACAGAGUGCCACAUUUCUUCAUGCUGUCAAGUAAGUGGGAUGCAACCUUAUUUGAAAAAUCUUGCAAUAAACGUUGUGUAUCCAGUUAAAGUGGCUCCCUACAGUUCUUAACUCGCAAUCUCCCGUGACAUAGAGAAACUCACUGGGUCCCAACAGAAUUAAAUCUUUCCUAUACGCCCGGGAAAAUUUAGCUAUUUCUAGUUUACCUAUAAAAGUACAGUAUGUUCUAAAUAAUGAAAUUAAUAAACGUGAUUCACACCGUUAGAAAGAAUGCAAAAUAUUCAGUAUAUAAGACAAUUUGGUGAGUACGAUUUUCUAACUCGAUUUUGAUUUGUGCAUGGAAGGUCAAACCUUUGAACCUUUAUAACUCGAAAUGGAAUCAGAAAAUCGUACUAUAUACUCACAUAAAUAUCUUAUUUUUAUCAAAAUAACAUCAAAAUGAUUUUUAUCUGGUGUAUCAUGGGAAAUAUUUCCGUGGACCCCACAUCCAAUAUUGUUUACAAUGUGUUAUUUUGUAUUUGUGCCAAAUUUUAUGCUAUUAACUUAUGUCUGUUCUUACACCAAGAUGUCUUUUACCUUGCAUAAGUAUAUAAAAAGCCUCGAUUUUUCUGUAGAGAAAAUGAGAACAAAAGACGAUUGAAAGCUUCCUUGGAUAUUGCCAAUGUAAGAUUCAUGUACUUUCAAGUAUAAUGUAUUUUAGAAUUAAAAUGUAUUUUAUCAAAUGUCAUUGUGACAUUUGAUGUCCCUAACAAAAUAGCAGGGAGGCAAGGGAUAGCGGACCAUUGGUCCCAGAAAAUGUUACGGUCAGCCAAAAGAAAAAGAAAAUUUUGGAAGGAAGAGGGAAGUGAAGAAGAAGCGCAAUAAAAAAUAAAUUAGUAUUAUAAUGUCAGUAUGUUAUAGAUUAGUGUGGUAUUAAGAGAAAAAGGAGAAGCCCCAUCAGUAGUUAGCAAAUACAAAAAGAGCUAGUAAGCGAUCGUCAUGACUAUUCGUCAUGUUGAUAACAAUGGACUCAUUUUUGGAAGAAACUCGGUUUUGUUGUGGGAAACAUAGAAACUCUAGGGGAGGAGGACGCUUUUAUAUUAUGAAUAUGAUGUUUAUCCCAUAAUUCGUUCAGUUGUAGUAAACCCUGUUGACUAAAAUAUGUUAUUUAGGAUGAACUUGCUGAUCUUGAGUUUAUACCUCGAAACAAAGCUCAGAAAGUUGCAAGGCCUCCACAACCAGGUAAUGUAACUUAGGUAUUAUUAUUGGUGGUGUAGUUGCUUCAGGAGUCGCGAAAACGCCCAUCUGUGGACUUUCAACAUGCAGCAUCCCAGAUAUUCUGAAUGAUGUAGAGAUCUCAUAAACUCUAGUCUGACGAUGUAUAUAAAGUCCUUUAUAAUGAGAUUUUAAAGCGUUGAAAUCCUUUGCUUUUUUAUGUCAGGCUCGUGUGAGUUUCAACAAUGAAGGUUUCGGGGGAAUGAGACGUAAUAUUGAAGCUUAAAAUUUCCAUUCUUGAAAUUCCUCAUUAAGUUGUUAAAAAUGCAUGAUAUGGAUAAUUCUGCAGUAUUCCACACCGCAUCUUGAAAAAAUUAUUAAUUCCCGUUGACAAGCAAACAAAUUCCAUAUUCCCCAAACAAAGAAUGUUCUCUAUUCCAAAAACCAAGCUCAUGGCCCGAAAUGGUUGCAUCUACGUCACAGGAACGAUAAUUGGGCCUCUAAAUUUGAAAUGCUCUAAGUUAUAGACCGAGUAAAUUUAUUUGUAAAUUGCAAGACACACCUAAUGAAUUAGAAAAGCAAUGCUUCUAUAUACAAUAAUAUGAAUAAUUUAAAUUGCGUUCUAUUGUUUGUUAGCUGUUACUAUAUAUGUCAAGAAGGAAGAAGAAAAAGUUUACAAUGCAUUAAUGUUAGAUUCUUUUGCUGUGGUCGAUCUUCGUGAAUCAGUAAGUAAUUAUAUAUGAUUCAGACUUAUCUCCAUGGUAGAUGUUUCUCUAUAAAUAUUAUGGAUUUAUAAAACACUGAAAUUUAUCAGGGCUCUUAAUUAAUAGAAUAUCUUUCUUAUUGACAGGUCAAAUAUAUUAUUGAUAAUUUUUCGUUUUUGUUGUAAACGGAAGUUUCGAGUGUAAAUUGCAUACAUUUUUAGACUUGACCAGGAGCAGCUGCGAAAAAUGCAACUGUAGUCCCUCUGGCAGGAAGCGACCCUGUGGCCUUGCGAUUACGGUGCAGCGCUCUAACCAACUGAGCUACAGAGUCCAGUUAACGAGCUUUGAACACAAGAUGCAUGCAUAUAUAAUAUAAUAAGAUGUUGCCAGUGUAUGGUUCAUGGUUACGUAAAUAUCAGGAAUAGGCAAUUCCAGCUUUUAGUUUAUGCCUGCAGGGGAUGAUGGGAAGUAAGGUAUCAUAGUGCUGAUUAUGCUGAAAAUUUUCAAUAAAAACUACCGAAACAACCGAAAUAUUUCAAUAUUUACAAGUAUAAGCUAUCACUCCGUGUUUACACGGCCACCAUUUCUAUUUUUUCAGCAUAAUCAGCAAUAUGAUACCUUACUUCCCAUCGUCCCCUGCACGCAUAAACUAAAAGCUGGAAUUGCCUAUUGGGCAGCUCACUCGGUAGAAAUAGAGGUUGGAGUGUUCUUUUCAUUUUGUUUUGAAAAGAAACAAAUCACUCGGAUUUAUUUUGAAUUUGCUUGUUCCAAAUAACCAAGUGUAAUUACGAGAGUUCAUGUAAAAAUUGAAAUAUCCACGCAUGCGCAUGAUUAUGUUUUAUAGAUUGUGUCUGUUAUAUGAUUAUGUCUGAUUCGACAACCAAAUGAAUUUAUUAGACAAUUAAGUCUUGAGUAACGUGAACUCCUUCAUAAUUCUUAUUUGUAAGAACUAUUGGAUAGAAAACGUUUAAUUGUUGUAAAUGGAAAUGGUAACACAAUAUAGCGUAAUUUGGAAUUUCAGAUGGCCCUUUUUAUUAGAAGAUACCACAGUCAUGGUUGCUUGGGGGUAAAAAACUAAGUAUAAUAUUCAUACUUACCAGGUUGCACAGAAGUAUGAUAUUCCACCGGAAAUGAUAAAGGCUGUGUACAAGAAAACUAAGAAGGGGUAAGUCACGUCUGUAAAAAUGCUCUCCAAUGUACAUCUUACUUAGUAAAGAAUGGCAAUUGUGGGUCAAUUAAUUGUUAAGGCCAAAUUAUUAGACCUUACGAUUACGUGACGCCAACUGGAGUACCAAAGUCAAACAGGGAAUCGUUCCAGCUCCGUGGGUGUGUCGCGGCAAUCUCACGUUGUCACAGGGUAGAACGAAUGCCGUCAUCGUACUUUUGACAUUAUAGAGAGCGUUAGAGUGUACUACGAGAACGUGUACGAGAUCAUUGUUUGCAUCUUCUUACGCUAUUACGUACGCAUGCGCGCGCAAUCUCGUAUAGUACGUGCUUGUUUUACUGCAAGACUUUUCAAAAAUCCUGUUGUCAAUUUGGCCAUGGCUACGAGAUUUAUAAGACGUCAGUAUGUUGCCGUAAGAAUAUGGCGUAUCCAAAUAAACGAAUCUCGUCGUACUCGUACUUGUCCAGUCUAAAGCUCUCUGUUGUGUAAGAACAGGAGUAGCUCUCUGCGUAAAAGUAUACAAUACAACAUAGUUAUUUCAAUAUUCGUUUUCUCAUAUUUGUUUAUAUAAUUAUUUUACUUAGUAUCUUGGUGAACAUGGACGAUCGAAUGGUUGAACAAUUUGUAGACGAAGAUGAUUUCAUUAUUAAGAUAGAUUUUGAUAACCAACUUGGACAUUUCGAACUUACAUUAUUCUAUUGA